GUAACAGAACAACUAAUAAGGCGUCGUGCCGAGCAUAACAAUAUGGAAAUUACGACGUUGGAAGAAAUAUCAUUACAUCAGCAAGAUAUUGAAAAAAUUGAAUAUUUAGAUAAAUGGUGUCGUGAUCUAACAAUAUUGUACUUACAAAGCAACCUUAUUCCUAAAAUUGAAAAUGUGAGUCGUCUAAAAAAGUUAAAGUAUCUUAAUCUUGCGUUAAAUAACGUUGAAAGAAUAGAAAAUUUGGAAGGGUGUGAAUCACUAGAAAAACUGGAUUUAACCGUCAAUUUUGUUGGUGAAUUGACAAGUGUUGAAUGCUUAAAGAAACUAUACAACUUUAAAGAAUUAUACUUAACGGGAAACCCAUGUAUAGAAUAUGAACAUUAUAGAGAGUAUGUUAUAGCCACACUUCCAGGAUUGAAGCGUCUUGAUGGUCAAGAUGUCGAAAGAUCAGAGAGAAUAAUUGCGAUACAGGAUUAUGCUAACAUAAAAAAGAGUAUAGAGAAGCAGCAAGAAGAAUAUGCAGCUAAAAGGGCAGCAGAAAAGUCACAAGAGGAAAGAAAAAACGAGAACAAACCUGGCUUUGAUGGUCGCUGGUAUACCGAUAUUAAUGCGCAAACAAACGCAGGUGACUCCAACGAAGAAAAAUAUGAAAAUGAUGUAGACUCAAAUAAUGAAAAUGACAAGCCAAAUAAAUCCUUUUGGCAGGACAAAAUGCCAUAUACUCCAGAAGCUCGCAAGGCUACACACGAACAACUGCAGAAAGAGCGCCAAGAAGACCAGAGCAAUAAAAGCAGUGAUACACAGCAACCCAAAAGACAGGUUCGCUUAAAGACGGAAGACGGACGAAUUCUAAAUGUGAACGAGGCCAAGAUUGACUUCCAGCUAAUUGAUGAUGAAGAAAGCAACAAUAUAGUCCUCGACGUCGCCUGUUACAAAUAUUUGGAUACAUCGUUGAUAGACGUUGAUGUUCAGCCGACAUACGUGAAGGUGACAAUAAAAUCUAAGAUUCUUCAACUGGUAUUAGCGGAAGAGGUUAAUCCAGAUCGAUCGGAAGCUAAACGAUCCCAAACGACCGGUCAUCUAGUUAUAACAAUGCCAAAGGUAUCGCUGAUGAAACGAAAUAUAACAGUACACAUCUUGAUUGACAAAUCAUCUACUUCAUCAAUCCUAUAUAUUCAUAGAUGUAGACCAGAGUAUAUUGAACCCAUCACUUAA